AUGAAGAGUUGCUUCCCUUGUUUACAUUUAAGCCAUGAAUAUAAAAAGACUGAUCAGUGAUGAUUUAGAAUAAGUGCAAAUGCGCUUGACUGUUAUUCAAUGACAAUAUGCAGGCAUCAACUGGAUUCGAGAAGUUCAUUACAGGUGGACUUAUCAAUACUGGCCAUGUUAGUGGGGUGUUGUUACUGACCAGACAGGGACAGACCAUGUACAGUUUUGGAGAUCUACAACAUCUUCCACAGGAAGAAGUGAAGCAGUUCCUUAGCUUGUUUGAAAGAUAUUCAUCCGAGGGUCUAGCAAACAAAGACUUCCACAUUUCUCCACCCAAGAGAAGGGGAUGGAUCUUUAAAACAUAUCAGAGAACAUUUUCAAGUGUAUAUGCAACGUGUAGCCGGGAUUCAGGAGGACUUACUGUGUGUAAUCUCCCGUAUGGUAUUCUCAUAUGUGUGUAUGGACCUACGACUUUGCCCGGAGAAGCAAUAAAAGCCAUCGAGAAUUUCUGUGAUGUCAUGAGAAGAUAGCAAGAGUUUCUGCCAUUUUUCCAGAUUCUAAUUUUAAAGGCUUUGUUAACACAAUAAAACAGUUAAAGAUUCUGUGACAUGGAAGCAUUUCUAUAGCUAGCUUAUUUUUAUUUUCGUAAGCAAGCUCUGGAAACACAGUAAAAGCCUUUGAGAAAAGUUUGGUAAAACAAGCAACUGCUGCUUUAAUGGACAAAUCAAUGACAAUUUUGGACAUCUAACUUCAGGAAGGGACACUUGAUUUCAACUGUUGGUGUUCAUUCAGGAUGCCUUGGACAUAAAGUCAUUAUUUAUGUGAUCUAGAUUUAGUUUAAACAUUAUUUUUAUGAUAAUACACAUAAAAUACAUAUAUAUCAUUGUAAGGAUUGGGGGAAUAGCUGAAUGGAUUUACCUCUCUCCUUACUCCUAUCUGAAUGUGACCUUACAUAUAAUAUACAGCUAGAGUGGAAAUGACAUUUAAGAAAUAUUGACAUUCAACAUGUAAACUCACUUCAUAACAUGAUGUUUAGAAAUGUCAUACAAAUGCACUACAAUGAUAAACAAAGUAUGUUUUAUUUCAAAACUCGAAAGCAAAUAUGAAAAAUAGAAUGCUUAUAGUUUUUUUAUAUUGUUUUGUAAUCAUUUAACUUAGCUGAAUCUCAUUUGAAACUGUGGCAUUUAGACUUACAUGUAUGGCAUUUAAUCAUUGAUUUUCACCUUGAAUGUUGGCAGAAACGUAUAAUAUUUGUGGAAUUUAUAGUGGUGCUUCAUCUGUUAGUAUUGGAAAUAUAAUUUUGUUUUAACAUGAUUGUUGCAAUUCAUUUAAUACUAGUAAUUACAAAUUGUAUUUAUAUUUAACUGUAUAAAUCUCAAGUGGUUUUCAUCAAUUGUUUAUUUUUUAAGGCAUUUCUAUUGAAUCAUUGUAUCAUUAUGAAACUGAAAGCAUGUAAUAAAUCCAUGUGAAAAGAC